AAUAAGAGUUUAAAGUACCACAAGAAAGAGUGGAACUAACACAUAACAAAAUGAUGAUCCUAAGGCUGGCUCUAGCCGCCUUCUUCUCCGCCUCCGUGGCCGCACAAUCAGCCUUAACGACGUCGCUUAUAACCUAUAUAUUUGGCGACUCGUUAACCGAAGUUGGUAACAACAAUUAUUUGCAAUAUUCGCUUGCGAGAUCAGACUUUCCAUGGUAUGGUGUUGAUUUCUCCGGCGGAAAAGCUACCGGAAGAUUCACCAACGGUCGAACUAUCGGCGAUAUCAUAUCUACGAAGCUUGGGAUUCCAUCGCCACCACCAUAUCUGUCGUUAUUACGAAACGACGAUGCAUUUCUCAACGGUAUCAAUUACGCAUCUGGAGGAGCUGGAAUCCUCAACGAAACCGGCCUUUACUUCAUUCAAAGGUUGACGUUUGACGAUCAAAUAAUUUGUUUCAAGAAAACUAAAGAAGUUAUUAGAGCAAAAAUCGGAGAUAGAGCUGCGAACAAGCAUGUAAAUGAUGCCAUGUACUUCAUUGGCUUAGGAAGCAAUGACUAUGUAAACAAUUUCUUGCAGCCAUUUAUGGCAGAUGGGCAACAAUAUACACAUGACGAGUUUGUCGAACUCUUGACCUCAACCCUACACAAUCAGCUUACGACGGUAUACGAACUAGGAGCGAGGAAAGUAAUAUUUCAUGGACUAGGACCAUUAGGAUGUAUCCCAUCACAAAGAGUGAAGUCAAAGACAGGCAUGUGUCUUAAGCGUGUUAACGAAUGGGUAAUGGAGUUUAAUUCAAGAACCAAGAAGCUUCUGCAAGAUCUCAACAAGAAGCUUCCCGGAGCUAAAUUUGCCUUUGCCGAUACUUAUCCCGCCGUCCUGGAUCUCAUCAAUAAUCCCACUCACUAUGGGUUUAAGGUGGCGAACACGUCGUGUUGCAACGUAGACACGAGCGUUGGAGGUCUUUGUCUUCCCAAUUCAAAGAUGUGUAAAAACCGUAAGGACUUUGUCUUUUGGGACGCAUUUCAUCCGUCCGAUUCAGCUAAUCAAAUCUUGGCCGAUCAACUUUUCUCUUCUCUUCUCUCUUCUUCUCCUUCUCCUGCUCCCGCUCCUAACCGCCACUAGUAUAUAAAAAAAAGCGUAUUAAACCAGUCUCUUGUUAUCUACUCUUUAUGCCGGAACUACUUAAUUCAUAGAUGCAUGUGUAAUUAAUUAUAUGUUCUUGAUGUAACCAUCGGGACAAGUAUAUAUGUGUAACUUGUGUAGUUACACAAGUAUUUUUUAUUUUGAG